UUAUUUUUCGUGUUACACUGAGGUCAUGGUUGCAAACAUGUCGAAGGUAGUUAUCAAUGAUAUUGUGCAUCGACCCUCAGCUUUCAUGGCUCUACUCGGACUUCUCUCCCUCGGACAGGGGUUGUUCUAUUUGACAUUCUCCGGAUUAACUUCCAUGCCGUGUAACCCGCUGAUGGUGCUGGGAUUAAACGCUCUGUCGACCGGAAUAACCCUCAUCAUUAUAGCAAAAGUUUGUUUUAAACCUGUAAAUUCAGGAAUUGUCGAAAAAAUGAACAAAGAGAUUCCCGCGAAGGAUGGUUUUGAAGCUGGUGACAGAAAAAGAGUUGGCGACCUACUGAAAAUGCACAACACGGAGGAUGAAAAGUCGUUUGACUUCCUUCACUCUGAAGAAAUAAAGGAUAAAAAACUCAAUUGAACCACAAACUAUGAAUAUUGUAUAUUCCAUAGUUUUUAGAAUGCAUUAUUAAUUCAUAUAUUUAGUAUUCUAUGUGACGUGAAGUAAAGUCACACAAAGAAUAAGUUGUUACAUGUAGCUCAUGUGAGCUAAAGGUUCAUGCGAUCAUGUGCUUUCCUUGCCACCUUCUGCCCACCGUGGUCUUGUUGACUGCCUAGCUUAAACUUUUCACAUGUUUGUCUUCUUCCUCAAUAUUUACUGGGCUCUUUUCUGCCAAAAGCGACAUGUCACAAUGCAUCCCGAGGUAAAGGGAUCCAAAGGUUCAAGGAAGGACCACGCCUCCUGGCAAUGGUAAACAAUAUAAUCCCUAGCUGGUACGGGCUGGCCACAAAGGCUGCUCAAAGUUUUACAUGGGAAUGCAUUCUUGUUAUUUUUCUCUAAAACCACGUACAAGGGUAUGAUAUGUCAAACUAACAUGCAAGCAUCUAAAUGUGGUGUACAUUACAAGCAUGAACUCUCGGUUUUCCAAAGGAAUCUUCAAGAACCACAUGGAAUAGAAACAAUCUGAACCCAGGGGGAGGGGACAGGAAGGGGAUUUUGAGGUUUGAAGACCACCAAAAUAAAGUGGUUUGCAACGAUGCCACUCUUAAAAUUUUGAUAUCCUCAAUCUCCUGGUGAAUAUGCUUGCACAUGGUAUAUAAACUACUUCAGGUAGAAGGUUGAAUGUUCGACCCCAUGUUGUCAGGACUUUUAUAUUUGCGUGAUCAGUAGCUUAAUAGUAAUAUGUUUGAAAGAUUUCGACAUUUUUUUAAUAAUGUUUAUACAUGUACGUACUACAUGUAUAUUGAUUAUAUUUUUAUGAGAUAUAUUUUUUAACCGGACGAUCUGCUUCUUUUUUUUUCCCUUUUAAUACGUUUACCAUAUUGUGUAUUUUGUGCUGUAAGCUUGAAUAUAGCAUGUUGUUAGCUUUGAUAUACUACAUAAAAGUAAUUUCACAUUUGCA